AUGGAACCCGCAAGAGAUUAUGAUAUAAUCAUCAUCGGGGCCGGCGUGGCUGGUAUCAACACGGCCUAUCGCAUCCAGACCAUGCUGCCCAACUACUCAUAUGCCAUUCUGGAAGCUCGAGACGUUGUGGGCGGUACCUGGGACCUGUUCCGGUACCCUGGAGUCCGACUCGACACUGACAUCCACACGUUUGGAUUCCCAUGGAAGCCAUAUCACACCGACACGAUUAUGCUGGAUGGUACUUCCAUUCGGGAAUAUAUCAACAGCACUGCGAAGACAUAUAACAUCGACCCUUGCAUUUAUUUCAACCAUCGGCUUAAAGAGCUGAGUUGGGAUUCCUACAAAAGCCAAUGGAGUUUAACAGCUAUGCACAAAGAUCAAGAGCCCCGUUUCACCGCAAAAUUCGCCAUCUUCGCGACAGGAUACUUCGAUUACCAGCGGCCACUCCCCGCAGAAGUACCAGGUUUGAGCCACUAUAAAGGAGUGGUCGUACACCCGCAGUUCUGGCCCGAAGAACUCGAUUAUGCCGGAAAGAAGAUCGCUGUUAUCGGCAGCGGAUCUACCGCAAUAUCACUGAUCCCCAAGCUUGCUGAGACAGCAUCGGCAGUAACCAUGAUCCAGCGAAGCCCGAGCUACAUUGUGCCUGUCCCUGACGGUGGAGAUACAUGGUUGACCCGACUAUUGCCUGCUACGGUAUCGCACAUGUUCAAGCGCUAUAGGUUCAUGGCGGUCAUGCUCGCGAGCUAUUACUUCUGUCGAAACUUUCCCCGGCUCGCAAAAUAUAUUUUGCUGAGGCUGGCAGGAAAUCAGCUGCCCGACCAUAUUCCACUGUCGCCCCAUUUUGAACCCAACUAUGACCCUUGGGAUCAGCGUCUGCUCGCUUGCCCUGAUGGGGAUUUCUUCCGAAGUUUGCGCACUGGCAAAACCAACAUCGAGACAGCGAAUAUCAGUACAGUCACUGAGAGUAGUGUUGUUCUCGACAACGGCAACUCCGUCGAUGCAGAUAUCAUUGUCACUGCGACAGGCCUUCGGUUACAAAUCGGGGGUGGAGCACAGUUCGAACUAGAUAGAAAGCCGUGCGAUAUUGCCAAGAAGGUCAUGUGGAAAGGCAUGAUGCUGCAGGAUAUCCCUAACUGCUUUUUCAUCCUGGGGCAUCUGACAGAUGCGUCAUGGACGCUUGGAGCAGAUGCAUCCUUUCUACUGAUCCAGCGGCUGAUAAAGUAUAUGGAGACGGAAGGCAUUCGGGCGGCUGCUCCUCGCCUGCAUGGCUCGCCAGGCCAGCCGACUCAGCUUUGGAACUUGAAUGCCAGCUAUAUGCUCAGGGGUGAGAGUAAAGUACCCAGCGCGGGCGAGAAGCCACCAUGGCAGCCUCGGACAAAUUACAUAUUGGACUAUUUUGAUGAUCGGUAUGGAUCCUUUGAUACGUGCAUGGAGUUUUCACGAGGUUAUCGGAAUGGUAUGAAUGGCGUGAGUGAACCUGUGAAGGAGAAAUAG